CCCAACACCCCUCCCUCUAGCCCGGGCGCGCUGCACCUCAGAUGAGGAUUGGUCGAAGACAGGAAGGCGGGGUUUGGAGGCAGGUUAAGAGCGCUCGGCGGUGGGGCCACGCGUUCCUGAGAAGGUUCAAUGGCGUGGCAGGGGAUGGCGACCGAGUUCCUGCAGGUGCCGGCGGUGACGCGGACCUACACCGCAGCCUGCGUCCUCACCACCGCCGCCGUGCAGCUGGAACUCCUCAGCCCUUUCCAGCUCUACUUUAAUCCGCACCUCGUGUUCCGGAAGUUCCAGGUCUGGAGGCUCGUCACCAACUUCCUCUUCUUCGGGCCCCUGGGAUUCAGCUUCUUCUUCAACAUGCUCUUCGUGUUUCGCUACUGCCGUCUGCUGGAGGAGGGUUCCUUCCGCGGCCGCACGGCCGACUUCGUCUUCAUGUUUCUCUUCGGGGGUGUCCUUAUGAUCCUGCUGGGGCUCCUGGGCAGCCUCUUCUUCCUGGGCCAGGCCCUCACAGCCAUGCUGGUAUACGUAUGGAGCCGCCGCAGCCCCCGGGUGAGGGUCAACUUCUUCGGCCUCCUCACCUUCCAGGCGCCAUUCCUGCCCUGGGCGCUCAUGGGCUUCUCAAUGCUGCUGGGCAACUCAAUCCUCGUGGACCUUCUGGGGAUCGUUGUGGGCCACAUCUACUAUUUCCUGGAGGAUGUCUUCCCCAACCAGCCUGGUGGCAAGAGGCUGCUGCUGACCCCUGGCUUCCUGAAGCUGUUACUGGAUGCCCCAGAGGAGGACCCCAAUUACCUGCCCCUCCCUGAGGAGCAGCCAGGACCCCUGCAGCAGUGA